UAUUUCGGUCUGAAUUUGCGGAAUGGUGAGCUGUUUGUGAAUGACAUUAUAGACAGAGAAACCCUGUGCGGACAAAGCGCGAACUGUGUGUUACCAGUACAAGUCAUAAUCGAGGAUCCACUCCAGUUUUAUCGUGUCGAGGUGGACAUACAAGAUAUUAACGACAAUUCUCCAAUAUUCUUGUCGGAAAUAAACACAAUUGAGGUUCCAGAGUCAACGUUAACAGGAGUGAGGUUUCGUUUAGAACCUGCUCAGGAUCCUGACACUGGAACGAACUCCUUGCGCACUUACGUGCUUAAUAAAAAUGAACAUUUCGCCAUGAACAUAAAAACCGACAAGGACGGAACUAAAGUCCCAGAAAUAAUUUUAGAGAACGCUGUCGACAGAGAAAAACAGUCUGUACACCUGCUAAUUUUGACAGGUAUUGAUGGGGGUGAUCCAGCGAGGUCAGGAACUACACAGAUUUCUGUAAAGGUUCUUGAUGCAAAUGAUAAUGCUCCUGUAUUUGAACACGAGUUAUAUGAGCUUAAAGUGAUGGAGAGCACAAUGCCGGGUACAAUGAUACUUACUGUAAAAGCUAUUGACUUGGACGAUGGUUUAAACGGUGAGGUCGAGUAUUCAUUUGCGGCACAUACACCUGCUUUAAUUCAAAAUUUGUUUGCUAUUAAUCCCAUGACAGGCGAAUUAGUCGUUUCCAAGCAGCUUGAUUAUGAAACCAGCACCUCAUAUAAAAUUGACAUCCGCGCUAGAGACAAAGGUUCACUUGCGAUGGAGGGACAUUGUAGAAUCCAUGUGACCGUUUUAGAUGUGAAUGAUAAUGUACCUGAGAUCAUUAUUACCUCCUCACCCAAACCUGUGCGAGAAGAUGCGCCCCCUGGGACUAUGGUAGCCUUAAUUAACGUUAAAGAUUUGGAUUCAGGUGUAAAUGGAAACGUAACACUAAGCAUGUCACAGGUCACCUCUUUCAAAUUAAAGCCAACGUUUGCAAACCAUUACGCACUAGUGACAGAUUCACAAUUAGAUCGAGAAAAAUUCCCUAGAUAUAAUAUUGAGCUAAAAGCCUCAGACUCUGGAUCACCUCCACUGGUAUCUAGCAAACUCAUUUCAGUUAAUAUACUAGAUGUCAAUGAUAAUCCUCCUGUUUUCUCUGAACGUGAGUACUUGGUUUAUAUUAAAGAAAACAGCGCUCCUGGAUCCAUUUUAGCAUCAUUAACAGCAUCAGAUCUAGAUACAGGAGAAAAUGCCAAAAUUGUCUAUUCAGCUCUCGAUACUAAUACGCAAGACGUACCAGUCUCUUCAUAUGUUUAUAUAAACUCGGAAAAUGGUAGUAUAUUUAGCAUGCACUCGUUUGACUACGAGAAAAUGAAGAUCUUUCACAUCAUCGUGCUUGCUAAAGAUCAUGGCUCUCCUCCUAUGAGCAGCAACGCCACAGUUCAUGUGUUUAUUCUGGACCAGAACGAUAAUGCACCUGUUGUCAUUUACCCGUCCACAUCCAUGGGGUCUGUUACUCAUCAGAGGAUGCCCCGUUCUGCUAAAGCAGGACAUCUUGUUACUAAGGUAACAGCAGUGGACGCGGACUCGGGUCAUAACGCCUGGCUGUUCUACAGGCUCGCGGAGGCCACGGACGCGUCUCUGUUCAGUGUCAAUUUACAUACGGGAGAGGUGAGGACUAAACGCGCUGUUUCAGAGCACGAUGACUCCUCUCAGAGACUGCUGAUGGAAAUAAAGGAUAAUGGAGAACCGCUCCAGUCCACCACAGUCACAGUGGAUAUACUGAUAGAGGAAGGCGUGCAUGAGCCCAUCUCGGAAUAUAGUAUGGAAACUACAGAAAAAAACAACAAGAAAAGCGGCAAAAUCACUUUGUACUUGAUAAUCUCUUUGGGCACAGUGUCAGUUUUAUCUGUGUUGACAUUAUUUACGUUGAUUAUGAAAUGCGUUAGAAGCAGCAUCGGGAGUUCAAGCUGCUGUGUCAGUCGAGCUAAUUCUGGAUACAAGAACUCCAACAGAAACCUGCAGAUCCAGCUCAACACUGACGGACCCAUUAAGUAUGUGGAGGUUCUGGGAGGAGACAUGAUGUCUCAGAGUCAGUCCUUUGGCUCCUAUCUCUCUCCAAUGUCAGAAUUCAGUGAUCUCACCCUCGUUAAACCCAGCAGCACCACAAACUUUACAGACACGCUAAACGUACUUGAUGCGUCAUUACCAGACAGCGCGUGGACGUUCGAGAGCCAACAGGUGAGACAACAAGUAUAUACAUAUAAUCAGAUGUUGUCAAUGUAAGUAAAUUCAAGCCUUGUAGCAUUUAUACCUGUUAAUGAAUUUCAUGCAUAUGAUAUAAUGUUCUUUUGAUAUGGCGUUACGAUGUGUUUUUGAGAGCGAGCAGACACAAACUUGUAUUUUCAGCACCACAGCUCCGGCCAGCGACCACAAGGCUGUUUAUGUUGCGAUUCACUUACCUGCACACGUAUGCAUUUGAUCUGUCUAUCUAUCUAUCUAUCGAUCUACAGUAUCAGUUCUUAAAAAUAUUUUAAAUCGUGUGAAAGUUGGAGAAUGUUGAAGAUGAUCCAUUACUUUUGAAGAAUAUUCACAUAUGUAUUAUUUCCACUGGCGACAUCACAACAACGUCUAAAAUUGUGUUUAAUAUAUUUUUUUAAGAAGUAGAAGAGCACAAAAAUGCAGUUAUCUUAAAUAACUUUUAUUUGGAAUGUUCUCGCUUGCAAGAAAACUGCAUAAUUCCACACAAAAAACGUAAUAUUGCUAAACAAAAAUGGCUCUGUAUGUCUUUAAGAGACAGCAUGGCAUGAGAGAGCUCUGCACCAAUCACGUAAUAGAACGUACAAAGUGAUCUACUACGUCCCCCAGUCAGAGCAGCAGAACAAUGAAGAGAGCUGAAGAAAGAGGGAGGUAGCUUCGCAUGUCGGCAUGAAGCCGAUUAAAUCAAAACGGACACCUACAGUGGAUUGUAUUUCCUCGAAAUGAAAAUCUAUUUUUUGAUAAAUAGUUCAUAAAAGAGAAAUAUGUUGACGGAAUGGGAAAAUAUAUAGUGAAAAUGAGACGCAAAGAGAAUGGAGAAUAUUCAUGGGCUGCGCGUUGGCUAUUCGUCUCUCUUUUGUGGAAUACAGUCGGAGCUUUGACUCGCUAUACUAUACCAGAAGAACUAAAAGAGGGUUCAGCCAUUGGAAAUAUCGCUAAGGAUCUAGGUUUUGAUGUCUCAGAUAUUGCAAAUCACAAUUUGCGGAUAGCAUCUGAGAACAGCAGGCAGUAUUUCAGUGUUGAUUCAGAAAAGGGUGAGUUGGUCGUGAACAGUAGAAUUGACAGAGAAAGUCUGUGCCCUCAAAGCGCUAGCUGCAUUUUGCCGUUACAGGUUAUCAUAGAAAAUCCAUUACAAUUGUAUCGAGUCGAGAUAGAAGUACAAGAUAUAAAUGAUAACGCACCGAUAUUUCAAACAACAGACGGUGUUUUGGAAAUUGCUGAAUCCAUCACUCCGGGAGACCGAUUUCCGCUUGAGAGUGCCGAGGAUUUGGAUGUUGGGAAGAAUAGUUUGAAAUCUUAUUCGUUAAGCAAUAAUGAAUGUUUCCGAUUAAAUGUAAAAACACUUGGGGAUGGUAGGAAAGUACCAGAACUUGUAGUUGAUAAACCAUUGGACAGAGAGAAAAAAUCUGUCCACAAGCUUAUUUUAACUGCUGUAGAUGGCGGUGACCCUGCCAAAUCUGGGACUACAUUAAUACGUAUCAAUGUUCUAGAUAGUAAUGAUAAUGCUCCAAAAUUUGACUUGCCAAUAUACAAAGCAUCCCUACGAGAAGGUGCUCCAAUUGGUUCAUCUGUAUUAACAAUAAAAGCCACGGAUUUAGAUGAAGGUGACAAUGGCGAGAUACAAUAUUUUUUAGGUGUGCAUACACCCGAACCUAUAAGAAAAUGUUUUACUUUGAAACCAGACUCGGGAGAAAUUACUGUUAUAGGAAAUAUUGACUACGAAUCUACUAAAUCAUACAGAUUUGAUGUCAGUGCAAAAGACAAAGGAAACCCAGAACUAAUGGGUCAUUCGUCGGUCCAUAUAAACAUAAUUGAUGAAAAUGACAAUCCUCCGGAGAUUAUUUUAACAUCAUCACCCAGCCCUGUGCCAGAAAACGCCUCUGUCGGAACAGUCGUAGCUUUAAUUAAUGUCAAGGAUUUAGAUUUUGAUGCUAAUGGCCUAGUUAAUGUACAUGUAUCCCCUGGGUUUCCGUUUACAUUGAAACCGUCCUUUGACGAUCAUUAUUCACUGGUAACAGACUCAUCUUUAGAUUAUGAGGUCAGUGCAGAAUAUAACAUAGAAAUAGUAGCGACUGACUCUGGUGUACCACCCUUAAAGACAGUAAAGACCAUAAAUGUUAAAUUACUUGACGUGAAUGACAACCCUCCAAAAUUCUCACAGGCCUCAUAUAAUGUUUAUAUACAUGAAAAUAGCAUAGCAGGUGUGUCAUUAUUUUCUGUAUCUGCAUCUGACAUUGACGGAGAUAAAAACGCUUUACUCACGUACUCAAUUUUGGAUUUAAGUUCAAACCAAGUGCCAGCAUCAUCUUAUUUUUAUAUAAACUCUGAGAAUGGAACAAUUUACAGCAUGAGCUCAUUUGAUUAUGAGAAAAUGCAACUAAUCAGUGUUAUAGUGCAGGCUAAAGAUCAUGGCACUCCAUCUCUGAGCAGCAAUGCAACUGUUCAUGUUUUCGUUCUGGACCGGAACGAUAAUGCACCUAUUAUCAUUUACCCGUCCACAUCCAUGGGGUCUGUUACUCAUCAGAGGAUGCCCCGUUCCGCUAAAGCAGGACAUCUCGUUACUAAGGUAACAGCAGUGGACGCGGACUCGGGUCAUAACGCCUGGCUGUUCUACAGGCUCGCGGAGGCCACGGACGCGUCUCUGUUCAGUGUCAAUUUACAUACGGGAGAGGUGAGGACUAAACGCGCUGUCUCAGAGCACGACGACUCCUCUCAGAGACUGCUGAUGGAAAUAAAGGAUAAUGGAGAUCCGAUCCAGUCCACAACUGUCACAGUGGAUAUACUGAUAGAGGACAGCUUUCAUGAACCCAUUUCAGACUAUAGAGAAAAAACUAUCGAGCCCAGCAAGAAAACUGGCAAAAUUACUUUAUAUCUCAUUAUUGCUUUGGCUUCCGUGUCCUUGUUGUCUUUGGUGACGUUUUUCAUCCUACUGGUGAAAUGUGCGCGAGGCAGUAGAGGCGACUCAAGCUGCUGUAUCAGGAGGACAAACUCAGAUUACAAGAACUCCAACAGAAACCUGCAGAUUCAGCUCAACACUGACGGGCCCAUUAAGUAUGUGGAGGUUCUGGGAGGAGACAUGAUGUCUCAGAGUCAGUCCUUUGGCUCAUAUCUCUCUCCAAUGUCAGAAUUCAGUGAUCUCACCCUCGUUAAACCCAGCAGCACCACAAACUUUACAGACACGCUAAACGUACUUGAUGCGUCAUUACCAGACAGCGCGUGGACGUUCGAGAGCCAACAGGUGAGACAAACGUAGAUUUAAACAAGUUAUGGUUAUAUACACUAAUUAUACGUAACUGAUGGAGAGACAUUACUUUCAGCACCUUGGACAGCACAAUGUGUGCUUUUGUCUAUAAACAAAGCAACUUUCCUUCAAUAGAAAUUCACGUUUUAUCCCCAGCCCUUUUAACUCUUUUCCCAGACCCACGCAGGCUUGUUGCUCUUAAGAGCUGUAUUGUUAGUUUAGAUACGUUAGAACAAAUGGUGGAGAUCAUGGGUACAGAAUAAAAGGUUUUUCGCAUAUACUCAGAAAUGUCUUGCGAUGUAGUAUAUGCAUGAACUAAAACACCGAAGGAGUCUGUAGCUACUAGUGCAAGUACUAAAUUAAAAAUUGAGAGUAAAGAGCUUUGUCAGAGAUCUUUGGACUGGGCUGCAGUUUGGAUUGUUAAAAAAAAAAAAAAAAUUGUGUGUUUUGCAACGCACGAUUCAGAACUUUUAUAAUAUAAAGAUGAUGAAUCUAAACCAGGAACUAUUGUCAGCCACUUGACUAAGGAGUGGACGUCCAUGUGAUACUUUUAAGAGAGAUGCGAAUCAUCUUGGACUCUAAUGUUAAGUAUUUUGACAUAGACCUGACAUCCGGAGCUUUGUUGGUCAAGCACACAAUGGACAGAGAAAGUAUGCGCAGAGGAAAUUUACAUAGUCACACUCUGAUUCAGAUUUCUCCUCUAAAUCCUUUGGAAAUAUGCAACGUUAUGAUAUAAAUUGUGGAUGUUGACCACAAUGGCCCACACUUCCAAAGCCGAAACAUUUCUGUAGAAGUUUUUAGAAGCGGCUGCUCCAGGCACUAUGUUUCGCUAAGAAAGUGUGCAUGACUCUGAUGUGGGUGUGAAUUCACUGCGCGCUUAAUUUCUUUGUCAAAAUUAUAAUUUUAUGUUUACAGAAGAAACUGUAAAUGUACAGAAGUGUCGGAAGCAAAAUCCCAAUUUUAGUCUUGAACAAGCCUCUUGAUAGAGAAAAACUAACUAAUUUAGAUUGGUUUUAACAGCAGUUGAUGGUGGCAGUCCAGAAAAGCCCAGCAAUAGUGCCAUUUUUUUAAUAUAGAUAUUCUAGAUUUCAAUGACAACUCACCACACAUUCAUAAUCCUACACAAAGAGUCACACUUUUAGAGAAUUCACAUCGUAGAACGUUAGUUACAAUUCUUAAUGCCUCUGAUGGCGAUUGUGGACAAAAUGGUGAAAUAUAUUACAUGUUUGAUAAAUACACCCCUGAAAAUGUUUUUAUUUUAUU